AUGCAAACCGAGAAUUGUCCUAUUUAUUGUUGUUGUAGAGAAGUCUUAAGAACAUUAGAAGAAAGAAAAAAGAAGUCAAAUAAAAGAAAUUUAUGUCAACGAAGAAGACAUAUUGAGGCGUUAUGUUUUUACUAUUUAAAUCAAAAAGGAUAUUCGUUAGAAUUCAAAAAGACAAGCACUACUAAGCCAAAUGAAUUUAAAGUACUAAUAAUCAAAAACCAAAAAGAUGAAAUUAUUUUUAAUAGAAAAACUAUUAAAGAACAAGCUAUAAUCAAUGGACUUACUGGUUAUGAAAGAAAAAAAUUCAUUGAAUUUAAUACUAUACGUAAGUUAGUUAGAGAAAUAGAGCUUCAAGGUAUAUUUAUUACUUUUCAAUCACUAAGAAGUUCUACUGAUAUUGCUCAAUUAACGUUAAAUGAAAAUGUAGAACAGCAAGUUAAAACAACUGGAAAAGAAUGUUUUUGUAAAAUUAAUGAACUGAUUGAAGAUGAUUUAUGUGUAAUUCCACCUUACUGUCUCUAA